CGCUCAACAUCCACACGCACGCAUCAUCGCACCCCCCCACCGCAUCGUCGACCGGCCGUCCAAUGUCCCAGUGCACCGCCCCUCGCUCGUAACACCUCACGUCUCUGCGCACCCCCCGCGCCUGUAGAUCGCCGUGCAAUCAGUCUCCCGCACCGCACCUCAGCAUGCCGCCGCUGAACGUGCUGGCGGCCCGCCUCGCCCGCCGCCCUGGGCGCAUAUUGAUUCUCGUAGUAGUCUUCUUCUUCUUUGCAUAUACGCUCAAGGGGCGGAGACCCUCUGCGCCACAGCCCGUCCACAAGGCGAAGACCAAGAGCUUCUUCCCACCGCUCGAGCAGAGGAGUGCGAACAGUAUUGAGCUCGACUACUGCCAGAACUUUCCCAAGGACCUGCUUAAGCAGGUCCAGGUCGUCCUCAAGGUGGCUGCUGGCGAGACAGCUGUCAACAAGGCGCAUCUCAGCACCGUCACGAGCUGCAUCGACAACCUUAUCAUCGUCAGCGAGGCCGAAGAACGACUGGGCGACCGACACGUCUACGAUAUCUUGGCCGAGCUGCCCAAGAGCUACGAAGUCAACAACCUCGACUUCCAGGCCUACGUUAGCCACAAGAAGGCUUACGCCGAGGGCGAGACGAAGCAGGAGUCGCAGCGCAGCUUCAAGCUGGACCGCUUCAAGUACCUGCCCAUGGUUGACAAGGCAUACAUCUCUAGCCCGAAGGCCAAGUGGUACGUCUUCCUCGAGUCGGACGUCUACUUCUUCUGGGACACGCUGUUCCGCCUACUAAGCCAGCUCGACCCCGACGAGUCACACUACCUGGGCGCGCCGCAUAAGGGCAGCGAAGGCCGCUGGUUUGCAUACGGUGGCGCAGGAUUCGUCAUGUCGAACGGCCUCAUGAAGCAGCUGAUCCCUGCAAAGACGCCAGGCUCCACGGAUAUCCCCCGUGAGAAUCGCCUGAGCGUGCGUUUCGAAAGCUGGGUCAAGGAGGAAGCCCGCGGCGACGCAGUCCUUGCGUACGCUAUUCAGAACGCUACCGGUCACAGACUGGAAGCUCUGGACCCUACAUUCACUAGCGACGAGCUGCGCAAGAUCACGACUUACCGUGAUCGCUGGUGCGUACCACUGCUCUCGCUGCACCAGCUGUCUCCCGAGCAGAUGGAGAACCUAUGGAAGUGGGAGCGCACACGGCCUUACAACCUGAAACCCUUUACAUACUCCUCUCUCCUCUCCUACACCCACUCCUUCCUUGCGAAUGGCCCUUCUCGCGAAUGGUGGGACAACCUCUCAGAGGCCCCCGUGCCUAACGAUCGCCCCGCCCACCACAACGCCGGCAUGUGUGGCUCCGAGUGCCACAACGACCCAAACUGUCUCCAGUGGUCAUUCUCGCAGACCGUCUGUCGUCACUCGAGUUACAUUCGAUUAGGCGAUGCAGUCGACAAGGAGAAUGGUGGCCAGGGUGAAUUCGUCUCUGGUUGGGACGCCGAGACGUUCCGCACAUUGGGCUUUGGUGUAUCCGAUGAGAAGGGUGAGAGGAAGUUUUAUGAAGGCUGCGACGAGGCCACAUGGCUUAGUCCCAGGAUGCUGUAGAACGGCCAUAUCAUACCGCACACCGCGAUACACAUUUCCCGUAAUGCGCACAAGACAGCAGCGCAUGUGCGCACACUUCUGUUUGAGUAGGAGCAGGAUGACGGUCCUGAUGGCGUUGUGGUGGAUCAAUUAUGCAUGGCGUUCUGGAUACACACCACUGUUGAGUUUGAGCGAAGAGCAUAGAGAGCGAUUAUUUGGUACGUCACGAAUGGCAGCUUGUGUUGAUAAGAUGGAGAAGCAGCGUGAAAAGGGCACGAUCUCGCGCACAAAGAGACUGGGUGGACCACGAAGCAUGUCGGUUACAUGCCAUCCGCAUCCAGGGAAGAUAUAGGAACGUAUAACUUAAUCAACCGCAUUUUUUGCAGGACAA